AUGAGCAAUCGAAAGGCGGAUAUGUUAGUGCAUUGCCGAUCCAAGGACAAUGAUCUCGGAGUUCAUUAUGUUCGAUUCAACAACAAGUAUGAGUGGGGGUUCAAACCAAAUAUAUGGCUGAGGACACUCUAUUGGUGCUAUUUGGCACCAUCUGGCGGUCGCUAUCUUAACUUCGAUGCUUAUAACAGCAAAAUUGGUGAACGAAACAGGGAUUUCCCUAUCUAUUGGAUAGCUAAAGAAGAUGGAGUUUAUCAGAGAAUCCUUGACAACGACAUGCGAACCCGAGACGUUUUUCAGCAUCCAUGGAAAUCAGGGAGGUGA